AUGUAUUACAAAAGAUGUGCCGACAAUGUGCUGGUCUUCAGCUUAGCGUUACUAUCGAUCUAUACCUCAACACUACUACCUGUGGUCGAGUCCUGUUGGGGCUCAUCUGCCCCCAACAUCGGAGCUAUGACCCCGGACCAAAAGUUGUUAAAUGGAAGUCAACUGUUAAUCGAGUGCUCAUUGAAUAACAAUACUAUAGAAUACGAUGACAACAGAUAUGAAGUGAAUUCAUCGAUGAUUUCAUUCAAGUUUGCGAACCAAUACUAUAAUGAAGACAGAAUCCGUACGAUAAGCCCGACGGCCGCCCAACUGGUGGUCCCGGAGGCCACCGUUGACGACAACGGCAUGUACUUCUGUAUGCUCAACAUCUCUGGUCUCGAUCAUCACCCCCUUGUCUGCGUCAGUCACGUCAUAGUCGGAUACAAACCUCAACCCGUCGUAGACUUCAAGUGCAUUAGUUUGUAUUAUCGCAAACUUCACUGUUCAUGGACUCCGCCCUACAAUCCCAUUGCCACCACUUAUCACCUCGAAGAUAGUGUACACAACACCAGUCCAUCAAAUUAUUUGGUGCGAAAAUGUGGGAUUAUAGGAGAAAACAGUUGCGAGUGGACCACAGACACAGACCCGCCCUAUCGGAACACUGUCCUCAAGUUCCACCUGAUACUGACGGGUCAGAACCACUUUGGCCGCCACUCACAGGUGUUUGUGGUCGACCACUACAGUAUUAUCAAACCCAAUAUACCUAAGAACUUAAUGACUGUCGAUGUGACCACUAAUAAGAUAAGUCUGGUUUGGAAACCACCCGAAUAUAUAGAAUAUGACGAGGAGUUACUCGAGGCUAUCGUCUAUGAAGUGCAGUAUCACUGGAGAGUUCCCAACACUUCUAAUCAAAACCAAAACAGUCGACCCGUUAUUAUAGACGGCAUUCACAAUACGUCUAUCGUUUUGACGGAUUUGAUUCCAUACAUGAGUUAUAAUAUAAGCAUUCGAUGCAAAACAAUACAAUCAAAAAGUAGUGAAUACUGGAGUGAUUUCAAGUCAAUCACUGUAUUGACUAAACCCGACGUGCCAUAUUUGGCGCCGGAAUUGAUUCGCGAGUCCUUCCAAACCGACAAAAAUAUGGAGGGAAUGAGAAGUAUUACUCUAUUCUGGAAAGAGAUUCCUAUAGAGUAUAGGAACGGAAAAGACUUUCACUAUUCCAUUGAAUACAAGGAACAAAUGUAUCGCAAACAGAGGGCCAGUAAUCUAUUGGACAAAGGAUUCAAUGAUAUGAUUAUCAGUCACAACACGAGCUAUACGUUGACGCACAUGAAGUCAAACGUUGCCUACACUUUCAAAAUAACCGGUGUUAACGCUCAGGGAGUCUCCAGAAACUCCUCGACCAUUACUGUCAACCGGAACGAUAUUAUUGCUCACAAACCACUAAAUAUUGACGUCUAUUCGUUUGGUGGCGGGAGAUAUGAGGUUCAGUGGACAGAGCCUCGCAAUAACACUAUGAGUGGAUCCGUUGUCAACUACACUGUGUUCUGGUGUCGGACUCUCAGACCCCGACCCUUCCCCUGUGACGGCGCCAUUGAUUGGGUUCACACUAACAAUAAGUCCAUAGCAUUAGAAUUGCCAGACAUUAGGUCUAACUAUCAGUUUGCGGUCUCUGCCAAUACAUUGACCACCACUUCGGGCAUGUCUUGGGCUGAAUGUAUAGUUCCCAUCGAUGGAAGACUCGACAAAUUGAGUGAAGUUCACCUCAAAGGACUCAACUCUACGAGUAUAGCGGUGUCGUGGAAGUUGGGCUGUCCCGCACAGAAACGAGUGGUCGAGGGAUACAAAAUAAAUUACUGCAAACUCGAGAUUCUAGACAUUUGCACCCAAAGUGGGAGUCGACACAUAACUGUCAACAAUUCGGUCGAAAGCUAUACAUUAAGCGGUUUAUUGCCGUUCACUAAAUACAAGAUAACUGUCGUAUCGUUUUCGGAUUCCGGACCCAGCGAUGAAAGUGAUCCCAAAUUCGAGACCACAGAACACGACUCGCCAGAGGACGCGCCCUCCAGUCUGGAAGUGGCAAACAUUACGAGCGAUUCGUUAUCCCUUUCGUGGAGACCACCGAAGUUACCGAACGGCAAGAUUUUCUCGUAUGAAAUCAAAUGCAAUCAUAAUGUUUACAAAGAGGACAAAGUGUCUCACAUUUGCAAUGCUGAUGGCUGUUCCAAAACCAUUAACGGUCUCAAGAGCUUCUGGAUCUAUGACAUACAAGUGCGCGCCUGUAAUAAUGACGCCCUGUGCUCUCCGUACACCCCAAGCAAAGCAAUUAAGACCAGCGCUUGGAUUCCACAACAGAUGGAUCCGCCCCGAAGUGAAGUCUUUAACACAACGUCUGUUCGGAUUUCGUGGUCAGCGCCUGUCCUGGCUAACGGUCCCAUUGAUUACUAUAACUUGGAAUUGAUUCGCACCGACAACUCAACGGCACUGCGGGUCCGGUCGGGAAUGGCUAACGGUCCCAUUGAUUACUAUAACUUGGAAUUGAUUCGCACCGACAACUCAACGGCGUUAUACAAUAUUUCGGGCAAACAAAGAGACUAUUAUUUGUCGUUAGACUGCGGGUCCGGUCGGGACGAGUCGGUUGAGUAUCGCCAGCAAUAUUCGGUCAGAAUUAGAGCCGUAAACGUUGUUCACAAUGACACAGAACUGGUUGGGGUUUACAGCGAAACGGCUAAUUUGAAUGCCUGUCUGUUCAACGACAGAAAUAUUGUAACAAUAAUAGGUUUGGUCGCCGGCGGCACCUUUGGACUCAUGUUAUUAGUGAUGGUUUUGGUUGUAUUGGUUCGUUGGAUGAAACGACACAUCCGUUCCAUCAAUAGUCUGAACAUAGAAUUGCCGAAAGGUCUGGAAGUGCCACAACUGGUGACCGACCAGUCGGACAGAGACAACAGAGACGGUGGCUUUAGUCCAUUCGCUCGUAACGACAGUAUUCCUAAUAUGGUUGUACCCAACAAUGAUGGCGAUGACGACGACUCCUUUAAGAACAGACACGGGUCUGGACUCUCGCAUACAAGCAAUUCGUCGACCGAGGGAUUGAUUUACAGAAAUACUCCGAAUAAGGGGAACGACAACUUCCUUCGUAUGGCCAGCCAUGACAGCGGACAGCAUGAGAGCGUGUCGUCACAUAUGAGCGGUGGAGAAGCGCACAUGUCUUCGGAUUCAGGCGUUGAAAUUGAUGCACAACUCCUAAGCAUAGAUAUAGAGGCGCAACACAUCAACAGAAUUAGUCCGAAGCCUCCGCUCCCGAUAUUGGAUGAGAUCUCUUCGCGUAAUAGCGAUUCAAGUGGCAGUAAAGACUCGGGACUCGACAUAAACGCCGGUCUCGUGAGGAAACAGAGGAAACGGAAGCCAAAGAAUAUGAAAACGAAUUCAAAGAUCUCAUCGAUAAUUAUGCCGACGAGAACUGAAGUGCAGAAUCCGUUGUACGACAUCCAGAACCCGAUGGGACACGCCGUCUGUAUUUACUCGCUUCUGGCCAACAGUGAGCCCUCGCUUUGUGAGCCGGCCCUCCGUGAAGACGACAACAUAUUGAGUGACUUAACGAAGUUUACGAAACCAGAAAUGGCUAAAAGUCUGACGAAUAUAAUUCAGAGUUGCGGGCCGUCCGACCCAAAAGUCAAUUGUAUUAUUUGCGAGACAAACAACACUUCCAACAGAACCUCUUCGCCUAACUGUCCGUAUUAUAAGUACGGAAUAAAACGACAAAAUCAUAUCCCAAACAAUUAUGUCACAAAUUUUACGCCAGAAAAGGGCAACAAAAUGGAUGCUAAACCAACCAACGGGUACAUCACUAUUGAUAGUAUUAUGGAUAGUCGACAAACUCUACCACCGAAGCCCCUGAAGAAGCGCUUAGAGCACGACUGGUCUCAAAACAGUUACGACGCGGAGGUGUCGUCGACCUCAUCUAACGGUGAUAACGAUCACACGGAUGUCUCUAAUCCGACAAACUUUACACACAAUUGUGUCAAUUUUACCGAUUGUCAGAAAAUACAGAACACUGACAAUACAACAGACACUCAAACAAAUGCCAUUUGUAUCAACAACUCAUCCAUAUAUCCAUUGAGGACAUCAUCACAAGAAGUCGAUGACGAGUGCGAAACACAUUUAAGUGAUUCCGAAGAGUGGACAGCAUUAUCGGGUGCCAAACAGUCGCCCACUAAUGAGAGCAAUGUGUUUGUUAGGGACAGAAAUCAAACGGAUAUGUAG